AAACUCAUUUCAACGAUUUACCCAUGAGAGGUGAAAGGAACACAUUUUAAAAAUUUGAUAAAACCCUAAAAACAACAAAAUUCAACAACUCUCCGUCAAAGCUUCAAACUGAACUCAACGCAGGCGAAGUUGCUCGUCCCCGGCCGCCGGUCGACACAAAAUGGAUUACCGGUGGACCAAAGGUAAGCAUGAAACUGGUGGCCGUGACAGGAAGCAAUUUACGAAGGAUCGGGCUUAUGAGGACUCCCUUACUGAGGAUUUUCGCAUGCCGAUUAAUCAAAGGCCGACCGAAAACGUUGAUCUGGAUAAUGUUGAACAAGCAUCUCUGGACACUCAUAUAAAUUCGUCUAAUAUUGGUUUUAAGCUUCUUCAAAAGAUGGGGUGGAAAGGAAAGGGUCUUGGCAAAGAUGAACAAGGAAUUGUUGAGCCAAUAAAAUCUGGGAUUAGAGAUCCAAGACUGGGGGUCGGUAAACAGGAAGAAGAUGAUUUUUUCACUGCAGAAGAAAAUGUUCAGAGAAAAAAACUCGAUAUUGAGUUGGAGGAGACAGAGGAGAAUGUGAGGAAACGUGAGGUGUUAGCUGAACGUGAGCAAAAAAUUCAAACUGAGGUGAAAGAAAUCCGGAAGGUGUUUUAUUGUGAAUUAUGCAACAAGCAAUACAAAUUGGCAAUGGAAUUUGAAGCACACUUGAGCUCUUAUGAUCACAAUCACAGGAAGCGUUUCAAGGAAAUGAAGGAAAUGCAUGGUAGCAGUAGUCGGGAUGAUAGGCAAAAGCGAGAGCAGCAGCGUCAAGAGAAAGAAUUGGCCAAGUUUGCUCAAAUUGCUGAUGCUCAAAAGCAGCAACGGCUUCAACUGCAGCAAGAGUCUGGCUCAACACCAGUUUCAGUUUCCUCCGAAUCUAGGACUGCUACUGCGCUAACAGAUCAGGAGCAGCGAAAUACUUUGAAGUUUGGCUUUUCUUCUAAAGGAUUUGCUUCCAAGAACACGGUUGGUGCCAAGAAGCAAAAUGUUCCAAAGAAGCAAAAUAUUCCAGUGGCCUCUAUAUUUGGAAACGACAGUGAUGAAGAGUAAUGAGAAUUUAUUUUUGCAGCUGUUGAUCAGUAUGAUGCCAUAACUCCUAUGCAGUUUUGGUUUAGUUAUGUUAUAUAUGGUGUUUGUCAUCAUUGUCAAUUUCAAAGGGGUAAAAAGUUUGGAAUUCUUUUGGUUUGUAAAAUUGGAUUCAGACUAAAUGUUGGAAGGGAAAAUAUUGCCUGCUUAUGUACGCAUACUUUGUAAAGAUUGUAUUUAUGUAACAGUGCACAUAGAACCUUAGCCAUGGAAUAAGUUAAGCAAAUCACUUAUGGCAAAACUCAAGAACACUUUUAUUUGUCUCUCUGUUUGAAUAACAACCUUUAAUUUAAAGACA